GAAAUUAUUGAAAUGUUGCCUUCUUUUAAAAAUAAAUUUGUUGUGGAUAUUGGGGCGGGUAUUGGAAGAUUUACAACAGAAUUUGCUAAAAAGGCAAGAAAAGUGGUCUCAACAGAUUUUGUAGCUAGCUUUAUCGAGAAAAAUCGGGAAAGGAACUUAGCCUUUAAUAACAUUGAAUGGAGAGUUGGUGAUGCUGUAAGAUUAGAUUUUGAAGAGGGGAGUAUUGAUAUAGUUUUUACCAAUUGGCUUUUAAUGUAUUUAGUGGAUGAAGAAGUUGUUGAAUUUUUGAUUAAUGCCAUUAAAUGGCUCAGGCCUGGUGGCUUUUUACAUUUGAGAGAGUCCUGCUCUGAACCUAGCAGCAAAAAAUCUAAUAAUUCGCUACAUUCCAAUUCUGAUAGUAUCAAUCCAACUAAAUAUCGCUUUUCAUCCGCAUAUAUUCAAUUGCUCAGAUCAAUUAAUUUUAAAAGCAGAGAUGGAAACGUUUGGGGGUUUAAAAUCCACUGGGCUUGCUCUGUUAAUGUUUAUAUUCAAAAAAAUGCAAAUUGGAGGCAAGUGCAUUGGUUAGUAAGCAAGGUUCCUAAAAAUGAAAAAUUGAUGCCAAAUUUGGUUACGAUGCUAGGAGAGAUGUGGCCUAAAGAGCAGAAGGAAUGGGACAAUAAACUUGACUUGGCUUUGAAUGUGAAUCAGAAUGUAUGUAAAUGA